AUGCCCAUGAUCUACAAACGGUUCACAGACAAGACGGCAGAAGAAUGGAGACAGAUAUACAAGUCUCUUCAACUUUUAGAAUUCCUCUGCAAAAACGGCUCCGAACGAGUGAUCGACGAUGCCCGAUCACAUCUCUCCCUCCUACGAAUGCUCCGCCAGUUUCACUACAUCGAUCCCAAUGGAAAGGACCAGGGAGUCAACGUCCGGAACCGCACCAACGAGCUAGUCAAGCUUCUCAGUGAUGUGGAUGCUAUCAGACAGGAGCGGAAGAAAGCUCGCGUGAACAAGAACAAAUACGGAGGUGUUGAAGGAGGGAUGGGUAUGGGAGGCUUCUCCAGUGGCGGUGGUAGUGGUGGUGGCGGCCGUUAUGGAGGAUUUGGUAGCGAGUCCGCCGACUACGGUGGCUACACAGGAGAGGUUUACGGAGACGGAGGUGGGUUUGGUGGCCAGGAGAGAGACGUUGGAUUUGCGGGCACUCAGCGGCGUGGGGAACAAUUCGAGGAAUAUGAUGAAGGGGAUGAUGUGCAGCCAACCACACGCCCAAGUCGAAGCACGGCCGCCACCAGCAGAAGCACAGCAACCACCAGUGCCAAACGAGAAGCACCCGCAGCCAAACCCAAGAUCCCGCAGCCGGAUCUUUUCGAUUUCGAUGACGAGCCUGUCACGACUUCCGUCAGUGGAAAGGCACCUGCGAUUGCUGCGCCGGUCGUGGAUGAUGAUGACGACUUUGACGAUUUCCAGUCCGCCACGCCCUCGGCUGCUCAGCCGUCGGUGAAUCCAUUGGCAGCUCUCUCACCACCUCCUCCGACUACGUCUACUACGACAUCUUCAACACAAUUUGCGCAACCCAAGCCACUGGCACCCGGCCAAAGUGCCGGGUUCAACAACAUCCUCAGCACGGCAUCGCCAGCUCCGUCCGCGACGUCGUCGAUACUGUCGCCGUCUGCCUCGACUACAUUCUCUCCUCCUGCGCAACACUCUCCCGCUCCUGCAUUCCCCGCGAGUUCAGGAUACAAGGCGACCGGCCCCAAUUACUUUACCUCGGUGCCACUGACGCCGAACCAAACAUUACCGAGUGCAACAUCGUCAACAUCGGCGUUCCAGCGACCAGGAAUGACUACUUCGUACGCGUCAUCCACAUCGGCAGCGUCACUGGGUAAGCCUGCACCGAAGGCAGCAUCUUCCAGCAGUGGUGGCGAUGCGUUUGGCUCACUCUGGAGCACAGCCAGUUCGGCGGCCGGAGUGAACAAAGCAGCUGCAUCAUCGAAGGGACCCGAUUUGGCCAGUCUGUCUAAAGCCAAGAGUCAAGCUGGAAUCUGGGGAGCAGCGUCGGCGGCGAGCGCUGGAGGUAGCGGAUCUCCCGCUCCAUCUUCGAACACGGCAGCGAAGCCAGCCACGCCGCUAGGAAAUGGAUUGGAUGACCUGCUGGGCUGA